CAUAACCUCCAAAAGUCUAAACAAGAACGUGACAAGAACUGACAACAAACAAACGAAACAAACAUUAAUUGAGUUGUUAGACCUCAAAAGGGUCAAUAUUCUCUCAAUUAAUCGCAAAGUAAUAAUAUUCCAUUUUUCAAUAAACAAUCGUCAACAAUGAAUAGUGCAGCACAUCAAAAAUUAGUGAUGUCUGGAGAUCGUGAUGGAUUAAAGGAACUAUUACGACGUCGCCUCGUCGAAUGCGGUUGGAGGGACCAAGUGAAAAUUAUUUGCAAAGAUAUUAUUAAGGAAAAUGGUCAGGAUGUUAUUUAUGAUUCAUUAUUGGCACAAGUGAGGCCGAAAGCGAGGAGUCUCGUGCCAGACACUGUGAAAAAGGAGCUUUUGCAAAAAAUUAAAAAUCAACUUCUAGCACAGGAGGAGAAAUUAAAGACGUGACUUUAUAUUUUUGUUGUUCGAGAAAAAGUAAUUGUAAUAACUAUUAUUAUGUACAGUAAUAUUUAAUAAACACAUUUUCUACUGUA